AUGAAGUUAGCGGUGUUAAUAAUUCUGGCGGCAGCGAGCCACGCAGCCAAAGUUGGUGCGAAAAAUAAGAAGAUAGAAGAGAAAACGGACAAACGGGAGCUUUCAGAGGGGAAUGCUGGCUUGGAAAAGAGAGCGCCAAUUUUACCAACAGCAUCUUCUACCCUAACCGGUGGAGUACAGUAUGCAGAAACCAACAACGCUUUAUCAGACCAAUCUCCAACACAGCAAAUCUACGCGACGCCGGCACCCCAGUUUUCGAAGAUAUCCGACCUGCUAACGGGACAAGUUCCUUCAUAUCAGGCCGCCAUUGCAAGCCACCUUUAUUCACCAGUCUCUCUCUAUCAGUCAAGGUUUGGACAACCAACGACAUACGAAGUAUCAGCACCAGUGCCAUCCAACCUGGCGUACACCGAGCACAGGCUGUCCCUUCCAUCACCAAAUUCCAUACCCUACAACACAAAGCCACAGAAACUAGUUAAGCCACAAUAUGAACAACCUCAAGGCCUUAUCCAACAAUCAUAUGAACAAAACUUGGCGCCUAUACAAUCAACUGCACUUAACCAGCAAGUUCAAUAUAAUCAAAUCCCUCAACAGUUCUAUAAUAGCCAACCUUUGCAAUACGUCCAGCAGCCUAACCAGCUUCCAGCUGCCACAUACCACCAGGAACAGUUGAGGAAUCAUCAGCAACCUGGACCUAGGGAUUUGAAGAACCAACCGGCUGCUUCGCAGGUUUUGGAGAAACAAGUUAUUCAACAGGUUUACAACGACAAACAACAAAAUGCUCUCAGCUUCGCAAGAUUCAGCGUGAACCAACCAACACCCGCCUACGACCAGAAUCAGCUGCAGCAAAUUCACCAACAACCGCUGCCACAAUCUCAACUCCAAGCACAACAAGUAAUCCAACCUCAGCAACAGCAUUAUCAACAAUUGGUUCAACCACAACAAUAUCAACAGCCUCAACAACUUAUCCAACCUCAGCAACAGCAGUAUCAGUUGCAAGCGCAGCCUUUACAAAUCAGUUAUCAACUUCAACACCCCACUCCCCAACAGUUACCUCAAAUACAAUACCAAGGUCAACACCAAGCUUCUCAACAACCCUUGCAGCAACAGAUACAGUACCAACCUCAACAACAUCAGAUACAGUACCAGGAACAACCGCAAUAUGUGUAUCAACAGUUGCAAGAGCAGGCUCUACAACAACAAGCCUUGUCUUAUCCUCAACAAGUGCAAGAUCAAUCUCAGGCUCAAUAUCAAAUCCAAGAUCAGCCCUACCAGCAACCAAAUUGUUUAAUGUCGAAAAAUCUGAACCGAUCCUAUCGAAGCAAUCUAUCCCUGAGAGACAAAGUUUAUUCAAACAAGCGUCGAAUAUUCAACCCAAGUUAA